AAUUGAAGAAAUCGUCCAAGAAGUCUCAAGAAUAGCAAAUGAUAAUUUUUUUUUACCCGUUGCCAAGCAUCCCGUUGGAUUAGAACAUCAUCUAAAAGAUGUCGAUUUGCUUUUAAGUGUUGAAACGAACGACAUACGAAUGAUAGGAAUUUUUGGAGUUGGCGGAAUUGGUAAGACAACUCUAGCCAAAGCAAUUUAUAAUUCGAUCGCUUUUCGAUUUGAAGCUCGUUGUUUUCUUACAAUUGUUAGCGACACUUCAAAUGAAGUGGAUCGUUUGGUCCGACUGCAAAAGACACUUCUCUUUAAGAUUUUAGGAAAAUGUCAAAGUUUGAAGAUUUACAAUAUGGAGAAGGGAAUCAUUAAUAUCAAGCGUGGGCUUUACUCUAAAAGAGUUCUUCUAAUUCUUGACGGUGUAGACCACUUGAGCCAAUUAGAAACAUUAGCAGGAGCUCAUGAUUGGUUUGGUAAAGGAAGUAGAAUCAUCAUCACAACAAGAGAUCAACACUUGUUGACUACUCAUGGUGUUGAUUCAACAUAUGAGAUGAUGGGAUUGAAUCAAAAUGAUGCUUUUCAGCUAUUUUGUUGGCAUGCUUUCAAAAGAGAGAUACCGGAUGAUGGUUUUGGAGAGUUUGUAGAAAGGAUCGUAAAUUAUGCUGGGAGGCUUCCACUAGCUUUAACAGUGCUCGGUUCAGAUUUAUGUGGUAGAAGUAAACGACAGUGGGUAAGUGCAAUGGAUGAGUACAGGCAAAUCCCUCACCAAGAUAUUCAAAAAAUACUUCAAACAAGUUAUGAUAGAUUAAGUGAAAAUGAAAAGAAUGUUUUUCUUGACAUUGCAUGUUUUUUCAAUGGACAAGUACGGCUUGAUGAUGUCAUUACACAGAUACUAGCUAGUUUUGGUUUUCAGCCAGGCUUUACAAUCCCAAAACUUAUGGAAAAGUGUCUUAUUUCGGAAUGCCGUGGAAAAUUACAAAUGCACUCCUUGUUACGAGAUAUGGGUAGAGAAAUUGUUCGAAGAGAAUCACCCAACAAUCCAGGAGCAUGUAGUAGAUUAUUCUUUCAUAAUCAUGUUCAAGAAGUACUGCAAGAAGAUACAGGAACAAUUAGUGUAGAAGCAAUUUUUGCAGAUUUUCCUAAAGGUGAUGAUAUCAUCCACUUGAGUCCCAAGGCCUUCAAGAAUAUGAGAAGACUCAGAUUAUUUAGAUGUCUCAAUGCACACUUUUCUGAAGAAUUACCUGAUUGUCUAUCGAAUAAAAUAAGCAUACUUGAUUGGCCUAACUGUCAUUUACAAUCUAUGUCAUCUAAAUUUCGUGGAGAAAGACUCUUUAUUUUACGAAUGCCCGAUAGUCACAUCAAGGAGAUACCCUUAUUUAAGAAUCUCACAGUUAUGAAUUUCCGUGGUUGUGAACGUAUAACGGAACUCUCGGAUGUUUCAAGGUGCCCCAAUUUGAAGAAAAUAAAUCUUCGAGAUUGUACAAGUCUGGUCAAAAUUCAUGAUUCUGUUGGAUUGCUUGAUGAGCUUGUUAAAUUAAAUCUUGCUGGAUGUUCCAAUCUAUGGAGCUUUCCAAGGAGACUCCAGUUGAGAUCUCUGGGAUUCCUUGAUCUUAGUAAUUGCUCAAGCCUUCAAUACUUUCCUAAAAUCAAAUGUGAAAUGAAACAUUUAGGCCAUGUUGACUUAACAGGCACAGCAAUAGAAGAGUUGCCUUCAUCCAUUGGGAAGAUCACUGGGCUUGGAUUUUUAGACCUAAGUAGCUGCGUAAAACUUAGGUCUCUACCAAGUAGCAUUCAUCAGUUAAGAUAUCUAGGGUGGCUUGAUCUCAGCGAUUGUCAUAUUAUAAGUUUUGGGAUGGAGGAGGAGGUGCAUGGUGGACAACCCACGCCUCCAACAAAACCAACCACUGAUCUUGAAUUGCAUCUUAAAAACUCUGGCCUAUCAAUAUCGAAUUUCUUUGGACCAAUUCAUUUCUUUCCCAAUCUGACAGUAUUAGAUCUAUCAGGCAGUGAUAUCAUAAGCAUUCCUAGAAGCAUCAAAAGAUUUGUUUGGUUGAGGAAUCUUAUACUGAAUGAUUGCAAGCAACUUAAAGAAAUUAAAAAGUUUCCACCAAGACUAUCAGUAUUACGUGCUAACGGAUGCAUAUCACUGGAAAGUUUACCAAAACGAUCAAAUCUAUUCCCUUGCCCAUGGCAAAGUUCGAUUAAAUUGGCUAGAUGCUAUGAAGUGAAUAUGGGGAGGUUGAUGCCAUAUUAUAUCAGUCCGCAUGUCAAAUCAAAUUCCGCAUGGCCUCAAGAGGCUAACAUGAUAUUUCCGGGAAAAAAGAUUCCAGAUGGGUUCAUGUAUUGUAAGGAGACUUCAAAUGAUCAUCGGUGUGAAUUUGAUAUUAAAAGGUCCCAACCGUAUAAUUUGGAUGGCCUCCUCAUAGGAAUUGGUUUUUGUGCUGUUAUUGAACCCGUUGGGAGGUUUUGGAGCGUUGACACGAUGAUAGGAUCAGUUGCCUACAACAGUGACCAUUAUGUAGGAAAAUUUGAUGAAAUGGAUUCAGAUCAUGUAUGGUUGCGGUUCUUAACUACAGAAAAAAUUAUGGAUUAUGCUGGAGUGGGUGUAAAUCAAGCAGACAAUCUGAGGAUUAUAUUUGAAAGCAGUCCAAAGUCAGUGAUCUUAAAACGUUGCGGAGUUCAUCUGUUCUACAAGCGGCAUGAACAACAGAGGCAUCCUGUUGAUUAUGAUGAUGAUUGCAACAAGCCUGUUUCAACCUUGGACAUCGAACUUUUUCUGUACACUAGUGACAUGUGCCAUAAUGCCUGAUUAUGGUUGACUUCAAAUUUGUUUCAAACUCAAACUCAAUAUUAGGUGCGGGAGCAGCUUGAUCUAUAGAUUAGUUUUACACCCUCCA